AUGGCGAUGAGGGUUUCAAAUAGUCGGGCUUUGGCCUCCGCCAUUAGAUCUACCAAAAGCUCUUUGUGCCAACCUAAGAAGCUCAAUAUUCGAACAUUUGCCUCCACACAACAUGCCCGAGUUGUCGUCUCUCCAGAUACUCCAAACAUGCGCCAUGCUCAGAGAGCUCCUGAUGUUCCAGGAGGACUUCGAGUUCCUCCUGUGAAUCCUGCAGAUAAAUACGCAGCAAAGGCGGAUGAUAUGCACAGAUAUGGAUCAUGGCUCAUGGGGUGCCUUCCAAAAUACAUUCAGCAAUUCUCAGUAUGGAAAGACGAGCUUGUUAUAUACAUCUCUCCUUCUGGAGUAAUUCCUGUGUUUUCAUUCCUCAAAUGUAAGAAAUUUAUGCCUAAAGAUGUGACAGUACCUUGGCGAACUCUACCCGAUAAUACCAACGCGGAAUUUACUCAAAUCUCAGAUAUUACCGCCGUUGACUUCCCUACCCGCGAUCAGCGUUUCGAAAUCGUCUACAACCUCCUUUCCGUUCGCCACAACUCCCGCAUUCGCAUUAAGACUUACGCCGAUGAGGCUUCCCCCGUUCCCAGUCUCUGCAGUCUCUAUGACGGCGCGAACUGGUAUGAGCGUGAGGUCUAUGACCUCUUCGGAGUCUUCUUUGUUGGUCACCCAGAUCUCCGUCGCAUCAUGACAGAUUAUGGGUUUGAUGGCCAUCCAUUACGGAAAGAUUUUCCAUUGACAGGUUACACGGAGAUUAGAUUUGAUGAGGAGAAGAAACGUAUUGUGGUAGAACCAUUGGAGUUGACUCAAGCGUUCAGGAACUUUGAGGGCGGAACUGCUGCUUGGGAGCAAGUCGGACCUGGUGUUGAUAGAAAACCCACCACAUUCAAACUCCCUACACCCAAGCCAGAGGAGAAGAAAGAAGAACCAAAGAAAUAGAUUCAAAGAGUCUAUUGUAUAUAAACUGUCUACAAACGUAUUUUAUAUCCAUACAAAGAUUUCUAAA